AUGGCCCUACAACACCAGAAUUUGGAGAGCCUUGGCUCCACCAUCUCAGGCCUCUCAAAGUCUCUCGCUGAUCAGCUCAAAUAUUUGAACCAGCCAGAGCCAUCCUUCGCAGCUGACGGUCCAGCGGCGUUGCCCUCCACCAUCGAGGUUCAAGGCAUUCGGAUGAAGCUCUUGGAGGCCUUGGAAGGUCUGCAUCACCUCGUCACCGGUCCAAGCGACUUCUGGUUCCAAGAGAGCAUGUUUUUGAAUCAUGAGCUCCUUACUUUUGACGUAUUCAACAACUUCAAUUUCUGGGAUGCAGUUCCUCUCAAUGAUUCAGCCAGAUAUGCGGACAUCGCCAAGUCAACCAAUCUGCCGGAGCAGAUCGUGCGGCGCUUUCUGAGGCUAGCAUUCGGUAUUCAUGUCUUUGCUGAAGAAGCAUCAGGCUCAGAUCGUGUCGUGCAUACAGCGGCAUCCGCGCACAUCGCGCGCUCCCCAUUUGUGCGGUCGUUUGUUUCACACAACAUGGAGGAUGUCCGGCCGGCCGCCACAGUCGGCGUCGAAGCCUUGAGAAAGUGGUUCGUUGGCCACGCUGAGCCUCCCGAGGAUGUUGCAACCUGCGCAGUGCCGCUGGCAACAGACAAUGGCCUGCAGCGUGGUACGGAUCUAUGGGAAUACCUAGAGACCUUUGAGCGACCUGAUCAACCGAAAGGCUUCCGAGCCGAGCGGUUUGCUCAGGCGAUGCAGGGGCUUCGAGAAACAAGUGGAACAAUGACGGAGAUGAGCUUGAACGAGGCAACCGUUGUCGAUCUCGGUGGCUCUGCUGGGCAUAUCAGCGUCAUUCUUGCAGAGAACUAUCCCAAGUUGAAGCUUGUAGUGCAGGACCUCGCCGCCGCCAAGUCCGCCUUCGAUGCGAAUAUCAAAACUUCUAUGUAUGAAACGCGUAUUCAAUUUCAGACACAUGACUUCUUCCAGCAGCAGGACGUCCCAGCGGAUGUCUUUUUGCUGAAGUCGGUCUUGCAUGACUGGUCCGACAAAUAUGUUUUGCAGAUUGUCCGGAACCUGCUCGGCGUUCUCCAGCCGGGAAAUCAUCUGCUCGUCUUUGAUUUCGUGGUGCCAGCGGAAUGCGACGGGGAAAACCAGUCAACGAUGCCAUUACCGGUGAAGAAAUCUAUUGCGGCCAUGGACCUGCAGAUGCAUGUUGCUUGUAACUCCAAAGAGCGACGAGUGGAAGACUGGGCGGAGGUAAUUCAACGAGCUGAUACCCGGUUCAAAUUGAGAGGGGCUCACCUUCCUUCUGGAUCUCCUUUAGGGAUCCUAGACUUUGUGUUCCAGGGAUAG